GGGGCGGCGGCGGCUCCUUAGCCGGCGGCUGCGGAGGCAGGAGCUGCAGUGGGUCCCCGGCUUCUGCCGUGUGUGCCCCGCCUGGCGCCCCGCCCGCCCGAGCUGCCGGGAGCUCGUCCCUCGCCGGAGGAUCUCUAACCCUGGCGACCUGUGCGCACCCUGCGCCGCCAGGUUCGUUCUGUCCUGAGCCGGGCUGUGCCCAGGAAGGUGCAAGUGGGGAUGGCUGUGCCUCCCGGCAGGAGCAGAGGAGACCGGCGCGCCUAGCCGCGGGGAUGGCUCAAGUGCUGUGCAUCUUAAAAGUGACAGACACGACCCCUUUGGAAGUUGAAGGAAGAAAGAAGUUGGUUUCCACUGGGGGCUCCCCACCCUUGAGAGGUGCCUGUCCUAAAGUGUGAGCACGUCAUGCACAGACUGUGGAAGGGAUGCCCCAGACGCUGAGCACCACAAGCAUGGUGACUCCCUGUGGCUUCAGCCCCCACCUUCAUUCAUCUGGGGAGCAAGGAGGACUGAUCUUUCAGGAUGGAAACCUAAGCUCAGCGUCACUCGAUGCUUUGAUCCAGCACCUCAUCCCUACCACAGAUUACUACCCAGAAAAAGCCUACAUCUUUACCUUUCUGCUGAGCUCCAGACUCUUCAUCGAGCCCCAUGAGCUCUUGGCCCGAGUCUGCCACCAAUGCAUUGAACAGCAAAGACUGGAUGAACCUGUGCUGGACAAGGCUCGGGUCCGAAAAUUUGGUCCCAAGCUCCUGCAGCUGUUGGCAGAGUGGACAGAAACAUUCCCCUAUGACUUUCAGGAAGAGAAGAUGGUCGGCCACCUGAAGGACAUGAUUCGCCGAAUUGCUCCCUGUGAUGAGGCUUACUGGAAAAAGAUGAAUCAACUCCUGCAGGCACUGAAUCAGAAGCUUGCCACGCUUAGCCAUGGACAGGAAGGUCUAGUCAAAAUCAAUGCCACCGUCUCAGACAAGCUUGUUUCUUUUAAGACGAAGCCGCCCCCCUCAAUUCAGCGGGAGAUCCUGAGUGUCUGCAGUGACCCUUACACUCUGGCCCAGCAGCUGACUCAUGUAGAACUGGAAAGGCUGAGUCACAUUGGACCCGAAGAAUUUGUCCAGGCUUUUGUGCAUAAAGAUUCUUUGGACAGCACAAAGUCUUGUUUCAGUGAACAGAACAAAACAAAUAACCUUGAAGCCUAUGUGAAAUGGUUCAACCGUCUGUGUUACCUUGUGGCAACUGAAAUCUGCAUGCCGGCCAAAAAGAAGCAGAGAGCACAGGUGAUUGAGUUCUUCAUCGAUGUGGCUCGGGAAUGCUUCAACAUUGGGAAUUUCAAUUCACUGAUGGCAAUCAUCUCUGGUAUGAACAUGAGUCCUGUCUCCAGGCUAAAGAAGACAUGGUCCAAAGUGAAAACAGCCAAGUUUUUCAUCCUCGAGCACCAGAUGGACCCUACGGGCAAUUUCUAUAACUACCGGACAGCACUGAGAGGGGCGGCCCAUCGAUCUCUCACUGCCCACAGCAACAGGGAGAAGAUUGUCAUUCCUUUCUUCAGCCUGCUAAUCAAAGACAUAUACUUUCUGAACGAAGGAUGUGCCAACCGCCUUCCAAAUGGACACGUCAACUUUGAAAAAUUUCUGGAGCUGUCUAAACAAGUUGGGGAAUUUAUAACAUGGAAACAAGUGGAAUGCCCAUUUGAACAAGAUCCCAACAUCACCCACUACUUACACACGGCUCCCAUCUUCACUGAGGAUGGUCUUUAUCUGGCUUCUUAUGAAAGUGAAAGUCCAGAGAACCAAGUAGAAAAAGAGAGGUGGAAGUCUUUAAGGUCUACUAUUUUAGGAAAGACUUGAAGAACAAGGAAUUGAAAAAGUAGGAAAAGAAAAAAAAAACAGCAAAAAUACUUUGCACUACUGAUUCCAAAGAUGCCUAUUGGGGAUUUAGGUGUCAAUUUCUUUCUCUUUUUUUGAUGAACCGCAAAACAUGAUGAACUGCAUUCUCUACUGAAAUUGACAGCAUUCUGCACAAUUAUCCUUUUCUAAAUGUUUCUAUCCUGGAAACAACAGUGGCUGUCACUCACACCCAGGGGCACCAAGACGGCCUGGGCUGAUGGUUCCCUUGUCUCUGAAGACAGCGAGUCAUGCCACGGUGCUACCCCAAAACUUUGCGAAGCUCACACGAUCAAAUGGAAACAAAAAAAUCCUUCAGUAGGUGCUUCAAGAAGCAGCCUCUAAGUGUGUUCCCAGGACCAUGAAAUUUCAUUGUGUCUAACUCUGUUCCGUCUUGAAUAAAAACUUUGUCCUCCAAAAGGGAUAACCAGCCUAGUUGGGUAAUGAGUGCAUUGCAGUCAAACAUACCAACUACUGAGACAAAGGCCCGGGGAGUCUUGAUAUCACAAAUACAACAUGACAGGAACUGUCCAUUCAUGGCUUCCUUCCUUAAUCAUUGCUUCUCUUUCUGGAACUCAAAUCUGAGGACUGGUUGAGCGUGAAACAAUACUGGCCGUAUCAAUUGUACCUUCAGCUUCUGCUGAUGAAGCACAUUGCUCUGAAAGAUGGGUUUACUUCUAAUUAAGGCAUGUGGGUCAUUCCCUGGUUCUGCUGAUGCUAUGAAAUCUCUUCCAUGACAUAUGAUGAAAUAUAACUGGGUGAAACAGGUCAGUGGGCCAAAGCGGAUUUCACUCUGUAGAUAACUCAUAAGUUAAAUUUUGUGGAGUUUAGUUCUGAUGUGACAUCGUUAUUUUAAAAUAUAUAUAUUUAUCCCUUGGAUCCAAGAUGAACUUGGCAUAAAUACCCACAACCUCAUCAAGUUAGGGCUCCUAGACAGUCAAAGUUAUUGGAAGUGGAGAUUGAAUGUGAUUAGCAUUUCUUCUCCAUAAGCGUUCAUGUUGUAUAGAUUAUAACAAGCGCAAAACAAUCAUGCACUUAUGAGAAAUAAAUGGAGCACCAUCCUGUAAUGUAAUUAACAUAUCUGCCACAUUCACUCAAAUGCUCCACUAAUAACCCAUGCUUGUCUUAUUUUUGUUCCAUUGAAUAUAGAGCAUAGUUCUUUACUUGGAGAAAUGAACAGUCCACAGAAUAAUUGAACCAAUCACUUUGGCCAUUUUGAUGAUCGAUAGGGAUUGCCUCAUUGAGCAGAAUUGGCCAUGAUAAUGUCCAGUCAAUUAUAAACAGCCAUGUUCAGAGACUGGGUUUGGAUACAAACACACAGUCCAUGUUUCUUGGAAAAUUUGGUUAAAAGAUCCAGUGAAAUGGGAUCAUUUUGAUAAUGAUAUUGUAAUGAACUAGUUGAAAGUCUAGAUAUGUCAAGGGGCUACAUAUCAGCCCAUGCCUUUGGUGAGUAGUUGUCCUGAACAAAGAGCAUAGAGCAGGAGUCCUGUGUUUUCAUAGAUGUUUUAGUGGCAUAUCCAAAUAUUGUUUGUAUCCUCAAGUGGCUGGCCAUUUAUGUCACCCCAUUAAUAAAAAACAUAGGAUGCAUAAAGUCCUACUAUUGCCUGGUACAAAAUGCUAGUUUGGGAGAAUCAAUUUCCUGGUCGCAUCCUGGCCAAUCUGAUCUGAAUAAAUCCAUUUUGAAGAAUCCCUAGGCAGUUAGCAGUGUUAGGCCUCCAGUCCUGGGGUUCCUUGUCCAUGUAGACAUAUUACAAAAGGCAGUGUUCAAUCUUGUAAUCUUUAGCUUCAUCCAAUGUAAAACUGAAAUGUCAGAGGCUCUAGAAGUAAUCUAUAUGUGAUUCCUCAGCAGCUGACCUAGGCCCAUGGUCAGCUCCUGGAAUAUCCCCAAAAGGCCAGUGGAAGCCUUUGGGAAUAACAGGAUCUCCACUGGGGCAAUGCCAGCUGACAUUAGUACUUAGUUACCACCUGAUGCUGGGCCUGGAUCCCAUUGUCUGUAUAUCAGAUUGUCGCCCUACCACAUUUUCAUUCAUUUUGAGAGUUUAGCUUAAACUCACCAUGGGAAUGGCCUCCUUUAGAUAGACAAAGAUUCAUCACAGUUCCUAAUAAAAGGGAACACAUUCCAAGAUAAUGAAUGAUUAUUCCAUUUAUACUAGUCUGUUCAUUAUGAAGCCCCUUAACCAGGUGUACAUGGUAUUAUUAGGUCAACCUGCUCCACCAAUAGGACUGGGCUCCCUCAAGAUUCUUGGGGGGGGGCAGCGCUAGAUAAGAAAGGCCAAGCCAUCCAAAGGUCUCAUAGCUGGAAGACUUUAUUGGAAUCCUGUCUUGUGCAAAAUGCUAAACAUAUCUCCUCUCCCCUCCUGGCAACAUGGGAAAUGAUAUAUCACAAUAUAUUACAUUGACCAUAUAAACAAGAAACUGUAGCUACUGAGAAUGAGGAACUUUCUGCAUUUACACCAAUAUCCCCAAGUAUACCCCAUGCAGAUCCUUGCAGAAACAGAUUUAGACAUUAAGCAAAAUCAUUAAUUUCCCUUCUUUAUUAACACUUUUUCUUCUACUGUAGCAAAACUAAGUUUGGUAAAGGACGUAUUACUUUUACCAUUCUCUGCAGUUUUAGAAGACCAGUGCCCAAUCUUGUAGCUCCUUAUUUUGGUAUGGAUGCAAUAUCAAACUGUAGCUGUCCGUAGUUAAAUAUCAUUUGUGUGCAACUUAAAUAACUAGUUAUUCAUAUUUCCCGUCCUGCUAUGGCAAAACACAAGGCCCACUCAAUCACAGGUCACCAGAAUCAGCGGAUUCUUAUCUAACUGCAUUCUUGAGGGGGUUUGUCUGUGAAAAACACUGAACACUGAACCUAUCUUGCAGAACAAAGAGAAUCUAGGCAUGUGCAGCUCAGCAGUGUGCAUCCUGGAGCUCUGGGGAAAGCAAGACCUUUCCUGAAACCGUAGCAUGAAUUAUUCACAUAUUCUUCACAGCAGCUCUGGGUACAGAGUGAAUAUGAGAAAAUGAGCCUUCGAGGCUUCUCUCUGGGAAGAUUGCCAGGAGCCCUGCCCCUCUCUAGGGGGCACACCAGCCACUUCUGUGGCCCCCUCAUUGCCCAUACAUUAUCCCAUACGCUCCCUUCUAGCAAAAGGGGUUUUCCACAAAGAACACAGAUUCCACAGGUGGCUACUGAAUGCUGAAUUCAGUUCCAGGUGGUCAGUGGCUUAGCUCCAAGCACAGAGAGAUGGUUCUUCGCCCUUUCUGCCUGUAUAUACACUGAGCAUGAGGAUGAGAUACAGGGUUCCUUCUCUCCCUUUUGAUGAGACAUCAGAGGAAGGGGUUGGAUAAUGAGCUUAUUUCACUUUAGAAAAGGAUUCAGGUCUUUAUUAACAUUCACCUACCUUUAAUGGGAUUUUGUUGUAAAUAUGUUGUUUUAAUAUAUAUAUUUUUUUAAAAAAACACAGUUCAUGAUAGUCAAGCCAGCCAAGGAUGUGUCUCAGAUUUCUGAAUGUCUAACUGGUCAGUGCCAAGGCCCUGGUGGGACUUUUUCUCUCUCUCUUAAAAGGAAGACAAUUCAUAUUAGACAAUUAAAAAACAGCAACGUAAUCAGUAGCACUUCUGAGUAGGAUAGAGAUAGGGACUACACCUGUGAUUUCAUCGAUAUAGGGAACCACUGUAUGAGAAAUUCUCUCUACCAGUUUAGGUUGGCACCUUCUCUACAAUGAAUUGUCUCAGAGAAUUGGCAGGAACAUGGAGGGCUUGUGACUUGCCAAGGCUAACAUGCAUCAGAGGCAAGACAAGAAAUUCAGCCCUCCUUGGCUCUGAGGCUAUUUCUCUGUCCAAUUCUCCAGGUUGCCUCUUACCAUUAAGCAACAAAAAGAAAAUGGCAGGAUGAGUUGUAGGCAUUACUCGAAGUACACAAACACUUCCAUUUUUCAGAAUUUUCUUUGGGAAAUUUACCUUGUUACCUACCUCUGUAAAAGCAGAAGAAAGGGUAGGCUGGGUCCAUUAGCAGUCACAAUCAAUCUGUUAGCCCAAAUACUUUUGGGGAGGAAAGAGAAUAGAUUUCCAUUUGGAUUUUCUCUAAGUUUCAAGUAUAUAGUGAAAAUAAUUUUUUAAUUAAAAAAAAUCCUUCUUCCACAUUUGUUUAACCCUACUUGUCUUCUGCAGCACUGGAUUUUAGAGCUGGAAAGGAUCUUAGAUAUAAUCUAGGCAAAUCCUUCUAUUUGCCAGAAGAGGAAAUUAAGGAGCUGGAAAGUAAAGUGAUUGGUUCUAGAUCCAUGACAGCUUGUUACUGGAGGAGAGUCAGGAUGAGCCAUGUGUUCUACUCCUGAUCCACAAUUGUUCCCACCAUAUUUUGCUGCAUCCUAGACAAAAACAACCCUUUCCAGUGAUGUUCUCCCUUUAGACAGACAACCUUUGCUAUCAGAAAUGAAGAAAACAACCUGUGUACAAGUAUGGUCAGUGAAAUUCUGCAUUCAGAUUCCCAGAACUCACCAAUUUCUAGGUGCAGCUAAUUCAGAUGGAAUAGGUUAAAUGAAAUUCCCAGGAUCAGUCCCCUAUUGAACAUCUUCCUCUGAUGAGAGAUCACCUAGAUUCGCUGUCCAGAGGCAAGCUGCUGCCUUUAUUAAGCAGCUUCAACUAGAUCAGGGCUUCUUAAACUUUUCCCACUCAUGACCCUUUUUGUCCAAAAAAGUUUUAUGUGACCCCGGGUAUAUAGGUAUAUAAAAUAGGUAUACAUAAUCUUUCAUGAAUCCCAUACUUGGUUACAUGAUCUCAUAUGGGGUCACAACCCACAGUUUGGGCUCGAUGACCUUUAAGGUCCUUUACAGCUUGACAACUACAAUUCUGUGGUCCUUCCCGAGUCCCUUUGGCUUCUGAAACCAAAGCACUGAGACAUUGAUUAGACUUGGUUGGGUAAAGCCAACAUUCUUCACCGUGAAGAACAAAUCAAGGAAGAUCUUAGCCAAAAGCCUGAUGGGAGCUUUCUGCCUAUCCUGCUGUAGCUGGAAAUCAGGAAAUCUAGAGUGGUUCUGUGUAUUGUUGUUCAGUAGUUUCAGCUGUGUCGACUCCUCGUGACCCCAUUUAGGGUUUUCUUAGCAAAGAUGCUGGAGUGGUUGGCCAUUUCCUUCUUCAGCUCAUUUUAAAGAAGAGAAAACUGAG